AUGCCAGAUCCUAACCCUAGCUUGAUAUUCACAUUCAUCCCCAGCAGCUCGACCAAUAUCAAAAUCGACACCAAGCCGCUCAAUAUAACGUAUCCCAACUCUACCAUUACAUUGGAAGCCGGUCUUCAUCUUUUGCAAAUUGUUCUGGAUAACAAUGUCACCAUAGCCUCGUUCUUAGAAUGUCUACCUCACAAGAAGUACUCAAUAAACAGAACUCUUAGUGGAGAUUACUAUAUCAAAGUAAUAGAUCCUAAUUCACGACUAAUGACCUUCUCCAUUCCGUUUGAACCAGAUGCGGAAUGGGCGGAAUUGACCUGCUACUUGGAUAUAGACUAUUUGUCGAAUGUCACAGGCAUUGGAACUUCGUCUUAUGGCACUCAAAUUUUCAAGUCAGAUUCAAGUGGUGCAGAACUCGAGCAGAAUCUCAUAUAUCCUCCAGUUUUGACUAAACAAGACUUUCUCAGACAACUUCAAAUCUCCUUCCUUUUGUCAACAGCAUUCAACAGUGAAAAGUCGUAUAACUACUGGUCUGGAUUGUUAGCAGGAGUGCCAGAGCUGCCGUACUUUGAACGCAAUCGAGCGUUCGUGCUAAACUUUCUUGACUUGUUGACAAUUCAAGUCAAAGUCGGAAAUUCAAACCAUAAGCAAAUAUUGCAAAACCUAGUAGCGCCAUUAUCAACAGUUUUUCAACCUCCAGAGUUGAACUACAAAAACACAUGCUGUGGAAUACUUAAGUUGGAUGGUGUAACUGCUGACAAGUGGGUGCAAAUCCGGACGCUAAUCUCAACAGACUAA